AUGUACGGAGACCUCGCCCUUCAACUAGUCACCGCUUCUCACCGUUCUACCCUCUCUACCACCCCACAACUCCCUCUACCCAAAUACGCUCUACCACUCAUCCUCUCCAUAUGUCUAGAAACACGUCAACUAGGUACUUCCAUAACCUCCGCUGCUGAAUCUCACGGUCAAGUGUCACUUUCUCAAGAUCACGCCUUGGUCUGCGGUUUGACAGUGCAACAUCUCGCGGCACGUAGGAACAAACGAUGUCUCCUCGCUUACCUUCAUAAUCGAGUCACUGGAAUCAAAGAACGUUGGUGGGACGCAGGUGGAGGAUUGACGUAUCUGAAUUCAGAUAGUGAUGCGCCAGAUUUGAGGAGUGCACUUAGUCCUCAGGAGUUGGAUUUCUUAAGAGGAUAUAAUAAUCUGAUGCUGGAUUACAAAAUGGAUUUUCUGGAUGUGUUAGAUUUGACAGUGGGUAUAGAGAGACCACCGGGAGAGAUCAUGGUGGAUGUUAGAGUGGUGAGAGAUGCGGGGGAGGUGGUUUUGGAAGGAGGCGAAAGGAUUGAUUUUAGGAAAGGAGAGAGGUUUAGAUUGGCUAGAAGUGGGGUGGAGAGGUUGAUCGUGCAGGGUUUUCUAGAGGAAGUGUGA